GCCCAGGAGGCAGCGGGCCGCCCUGGCAGGAUGCCGCGCGGGGCCGGGGGCGCGGCUGCCAUAAAGGGCCGGGCCGGGGCGGCGGGGUUAGGUGGCACUGCGGUAGCGGCAACGGGCGUCCGAAUGCGGCACAGGGGUGCGGCGGCAUCGGGCGGGAGCGGCUCCUCCCUCUGCUCCUCGUCGCCGCCGGCUCCUGACCAAGCCUCCCCGGCCGGCGGCGGGGCCAGGCCCGGCAUGGCGUUCCCCGGGGCGCUAGCUGAGAUGCCCAGACAGUUCCCAAAGCUGAACAUCUCUGAGGUUGAUGAGCAAGUGCGACUUCUGGCAGAGAAGGUAUUUGCUAAAGUUCUCCGAGAAGAAGACAGCAAGGAUGCCUUGUCACUAUUCACCGUGCCUGAAGACUGCCCUAUUGGGCAGAAAGAGGCCAAGGAAAGGGAACUUCAGAAGGAACUGGCAGAACAACAGUCCGUGGAAACAGCUAAAAGGAAGAAAAGUUUCAAGAUGAUUCGAUCUCAGUCUUUGUCAUUACAAAUUCCAUCUCAGGAAUGGAAAGCACCAUCAGCCAAUCCUCCUCUGUCUCCUACAACACCAGUUCUUCAAAGUGCUUUUCUGCCAGUGCAGGUGCCAUAUGACGUACCGGAAUUUCAGAGAGUUUCCAUUAGUGGGGACUACUGUGCAGGGGUUACAGUUGAUGAUUACGAACAAGCUGCCAAGAGCCUGGUGAAAGCUCUUCUCAUUCGAGAAAAGUAUUCACGCCUUGCAUACCAUCGCUUCCCAAGAACGACAUCCCAGUAUUUGUGUAGCAUGCAACAUGAAAAAUGGAAGGUUGAAGAUGAAGUGUGUCCAGAUUUUCAUUCACCGCCAGAAGAAAAUGAAGAUCCCUACAAUCUUGAUGAUGCUCCAGACAAUUUGGAUUAUGUUGUCAAGAUAAAAGGUGGCAUUCCAUUUGUUUAUGAUAACAAAGAAAUGAUGGAACUCAACGAACCUCGAAGUCUGCCCUAUCCUGACCUGCAGACCUAUACCCUUGACUUGAGCCACGUUCUUGCUCUAAUUGCAGAUGGUCCAACAAAGACAUACUGUCACCGCCGGCUGAACUUUUUAGAAUCUAAAUUUAGUUUACACGAGAUGUUAAAUGAAAUGUCUGAGUUUAAAGAACUGAAGAGUAAUCCCCAUCGAGACUUUUACAAUGUGAGAAAGGUUGACACCCAUAUCCAUGCUGCUGCUUGCAUGAACCAGAAACACUUACUGAGGUUUAUUAAGCACACAUAUCAAACGGAGCCACACAGGAUUGUUGCAGAGAAAAAAGGCAAGCAGAUGACCUUAAAGCAAGUCUUUGAAAGCCUUCACAUGGACCCAUAUGACCUCACUGUAGACUCUUUAGAUGUCCAUGCAGGUCGCCAAACAUUUCAUCGAUUUGACAAAUUCAAUUCCAAGUACAACCCAGUUGGUGCCAGUGAGCUGAGGGACUUGUAUUUGAAAACUGAGAACUACAUUGGUGGUGAAUAUUUUGCUCGUAUGGUCAAGGAAGUAGCCCGUGAACUAGAAGAAAGUAAAUACCAGUAUACAGAACCCCGGUUAUCCAUCUAUGGACGGUCUCCAGAUGAAUGGCUGAACUUGGCAAAAUGGUUCAUUAAACAUAAAGUCUAUUCCCCUAAUAUGCGCUGGAUAAUUCAGGUUCCCAGAAUCUAUGAUAUAUUUAGGUCAAAAAAUAUUCUGCCUAGUUUUGGAAAGAUGUUAGAGAACAUUUUUGUGCCUUUGUUUGAAGCAACAAUCAAUCCCAAAGACCACAAAGAAUUACAUCUUUUCCUCAAAUAUGUGACUGGCUUUGACAGUGUUGAUGAUGAAUCCAAACAUAGUGGCCAUAUGUUCUCUGACAAAAGCCUUAACCCUGACCUCUGGACCAGUGAGAAGAAUCCCCCAUAUAGCUACUACUUGUAUUACAUGUAUGUCAACAUCAUGUUGCUAAACAACCUUAGAAAGGAAAGGGGCAUGUGUACUUUCCUGUUUCGACCUCACUGUGGAGAAGCUGGGUCUAUUACACAUCUUGUGUCAGCCUUUCUGACAGCAGACAACAUUUCUCACGGACUGCUCUUGAAGAAGAGUCCUGUCCUGCAGUAUCUUUAUUAUCUUGCACAAAUACCCAUUGCCAUGUCUCCGCUUAGUAACAAUAGCCUAUUCCUGGAGUACUCAAAAAAUCCACUACGGGAAUUUCUACAUAAGGGACUUCAUGUCUCUCUCUCUACGGAUGAUCCUAUGCAAUUUCAUUAUACAAAGGAAGCGCUCAUGGAGGAAUAUGCUAUUGCAGCCCAGGUGUGGAAACUAAGUACCUGUGACUUAUGUGAAAUAGCAAGAAACAGUGUGCUACAGAGUGGAUUGUCAGAUAAGGAAAAACAGAAAUUCUUGGGGGCUAACUACUGUAAAGAAGGGCCAGAGGGAAAUGACAUUCGAAAGACAAAUGUUGCACAGAUCCGGAUGGCCUUCAGGUAUGAGACACUGUGCAAUGAACUUAGUUUCCUGUCUGAUGCUAUGAGAACAGAUGAGAUUUCUACGUUGUCAAAGUAGUUACAAAAUCAAAGAAACCACAGCAUUUCAUUCCCAAGCAGAAUGAGAUGCUAAUUAGUAUCGAAUCAUCUGUUGUUGACGCUACCAAGAAAUAACUGUAUGGAGAAGAAUAGAUUAUCUAUGGGAGGUGAACAGCAUUUGCUGUUAUCUUUUACUGCAUUAUUCUCAUUGCAAAAAUGUCAGUUUCUACAAACUGUAGGCUUUGCAAGAGUGCUGUAAAUAUUAUAUGCAAACUCAGAAUCAUGUAUUAUUUGUUUCAUAGUGUCUUAAUUGUGCACUAUAUUGUAGAUAGCAAAACUAUAGAGAUUAUUCAUAAUGCAUCCGUGAGAUUCAUUUCAGGAUACUGCAGAUGCUGAAAGGACACACGCACCCGUUUUAAUCCUGCUAGUCUCACCGCAAUCAUGGCAUUUACCACUUGGAAAUUUAACCCUUUAUUCACUAGCAGAUUGUAUAGGGUAUGUAAUUCUGAGGCUGCCCUCUCAUUCUGAAAGGUGUCCUGACACAAUUUUUACCUUAACGUUUCAGCAGUUCAACUGGAAAACAAGAAAGCUCAAAAUAUAGUCGUCACAUUUAAUGACUAUUUAAUUACUUCCUGUUGUCAUGUAGGAUGGCUGCAAAGAACAGCACACUAAGGGUUUUUAAUCUUAAUAUGUAGAAAACACGGUGUCGAAAUCAUCACUAUUGUACAUUGUAAUAACAAGUGUAAUUACAUUAUAAAAGCUCUGCAUUGUACGUUAAGAACACGUUUUUUAUUGCUUUUUAAUCAUAGUAUGUCAGUAUGCCAGUUCAAAUUAUUUGGAAACUUAUGCAGAUAAUUCUGCUUGCAUGUAAAGAGAAAUUUUUUUACUUGAACAAAGGAAGUGUUCUUAUGAAUCAGUUGUAGAAACUCCAGGCCUGGGAUCUGGUCCUACUUCUGAUGUCUUUUUACAAAUUUGUGUUAGUUUGUAUUUUAGUCAAUUACAGAGCUGAACGAGAAGCCUCGAACUGUCUAUUUAUACAGAAGCUAGCCCACUUGAAAUAGGUAAUUUUUAAUCAUUUUAUGUUAAAACUUUUUAUUUAUGAUGGAGCAGAUAGUAAAAUAAAACUACCAUAGCAUUUAUCACUUCACAUUUUUUUUUCCAAUUUGAAUUCCCUUCUUAAGACAAAGUAUUACUUCACUCAGAAAGGAGCAAAGGUAAUAAAUAUCACAUGAUAGUAUCUUCAUAUUGUAGAAACUGUAGGUAGCUUCAUGCCAGAAAAAAAAAAAAAAUAGACUUGAAGGCUUAUGGACAAGCAGAGAGAGUGAGUGCCAAUGUCUGUAAGUCCAAAAUUAAACUAAUUAAUCUGAAGGCCUAUAGUCCCUAAGAGAGGAUCAUGAGCCUACAGUUAGAGACCUGCGGAGAGUUAGGAAUCUCAGAACAGAACAAAUUCAGAAUUAAAGCAUAAAAAAAAAAAAUAUCAAAUGCUAGCCAAUUAAGUCUCGUUCCACUUAGGUUUCUUAGGCCAGACUCUUCUCCUGGAUACCUACAUGCAUCCUUUCAGAAGCUGAUCAGGUCUCAUUCCCCCUUGUAAAUGCAGAAAGGAGCAGCACUGGUGGUAUCACCAGUACUAGACACCUCAGUAAUGGCAUAAACAUAUUUAUUUAUUGAAGACAAAUGCUCUCCUCAGGCUGUAGGAAUUGAAAGCAGUACCUUCAAGGAAAUCCUUUCUAACAUACCUGCUGUCCUGAAUGGUGGUUGCAUGAAAAUGUUGAAGUGAGGGAAGGAAGAAUUCCCUAUUAUCACCUACAGCUGUGCAGCCCUAUAAGAGCCCCAUUAGAAAUUAACCUGAAAAAAGCCCUUGGUAAGGAGCCUGGAAGUAAGGCUUCUAAAGGGAGCCCUGUAGCACAGGAACAGACAGGGAGUUGCAGUGCUUGCAAGGCUGGAAGAGGAAUUCUGAUCCAAAAUAAGGUGGUAGACAGGUGGUGGGAGACUUGCUUUUAGCUCUUCAGCCAUCUACCUUAAUGUCUGCAGUGUUCAACUACUGCCAUUUUUGAUAUUCCUAGUGCAGCUAGAAAUCCUGUGAACUAGUGCUAUACUGCUCAACUGUGUAACAUAAAGUUGUUCUAAGGUCGUAGUCAACACCUCUUGGCCUCAUUGUUAGAGAUUUUAGCAGCUCAUGUAAUGCAUUAUCAGGAUCUGAGAGUGUAAUUUUCUUCUAAUGGCCUGAAAACAGCAGUUCCAACCUUUUGACUGCAUAAAACGGAGAAGUGUUCUCUUCAUUAGUACAACUUCCUAGUAAGUUUCUAUAAACAUAAUGUUAUUUACCUCAGCACCUCUACCCAGUCUGAGUAAGUAACAUGCUUAUGAGAAUUUAACUGUUAAGUAUUUUUCAUCUCACAAUCCUUGUUUUACUUGAGUUGUUUCACCUGAGGAUUGCCAUUAGUGUGUCUCUUGUUGGUCAUUUAGAUUACCUAGUUUUUUUUGCCAUUAUACCAAACUCCUGUAUGUUUAAUACCUUUUCAACUUCCCUUACGUCAAGAACAUCAAGUUCUAACAUGUUGGUAGCUCUCUCAAAAAACAAAAACAAGCAAAAAACCGCAACACCCAAAAAAACAAAUAAUAAAGCAAAACCAAAACCAACAAAACAGUUGUUAGAAGAGCGUAAUCUGGGCUUUAACAAUAAUAACACUACCAGACAAGUUACCAUUAGCAUAAAUUCUCCUUUCAGUGCAUCCCUGCAUGCUGCUUUUAACAACACAUUGAGCUAUGUGUUAUAUUUAGGGAAACAGAGCCAUAUCCUUCCAAGUUUCCACUGCUACAUCUCGUUUUGGUCAUCUUUUAAUUACACAAAUGUUACUGAUUCUCAGGGUCAGUUCUGGAACUUGUGCUUUUUUUUAAGUUGCAAUUUUGCUCUAAUGACAGUUUGAAACAACCUUGCAGUCUUAGGAUAUGCAUGUAAGGACAUAUCCAGUGUUGAAGUGUUAAUGUCAUCUGAAUUAACUCUUGUACACGUUUACUCAAGUGAAAGAUGGGCAAAUUGCUGUUUUUAUAUUCCCCAGUCCAUGUUAAGAUCUGAUUGGGUUACACCACUGUUUGUUUUGCUUAAAUUAAAAAAAAAAAAAAAGGGGGGGACUAGAAGAGCAUCGCUGAAGGGGGUGAUUCAGUGGUAGUUGGGAGGAAUGCUUCAGAAUGGCAGAGUAUCCUAUUUCCUCAUCAUUUCACCAGUGUUAAUAUUCAAACGUUAUUCAAGACCUCCUUAAAUCUAGUAGCUCAGAGCAUUUUACACUUUCACCUAAAAUGGUUAAUUAUGGUUUCUUGAUACUUAAAACAUAUCAGUUUGAACCAUUUCUAGCGAUGCUCUUCCAUUCCCUCACAGUACUGUAGCAAACUUAAGGCACUCUGCUACCGGGUAACACAGAUUGUUCUUCACACCAGAGCUGUCUUACCUUCUCAUGUAUGUCACUGUUCUUUACUUGUGGCUAAACCUUUCUAUUCUUGUUGCCUAGUUAACAUAUCAACCUGAAAAAAAGUGGGGAGGGAUGUCUGUAAAAAUGCUUUUUCCUUCUGUGCCUAGGUCAAAUGAUGUUUUUCUUUGGCUCUUGUGGAAGCAUAAAACAUUACACAAAUAAAUGAUACAGAAUAUGUCAGGA